AUGCUUAAGAUUUGCAUUUUCAGCCUUAAGGCUUUGGACUUGGUGACGUUGCGAGAACUCGCCAAGCGGGUCAAUGUGAUACCUCUGAUAGCGAAGUCGGACACGACAUGCAAGGAUGAGCUGAUCCGCUUUAAAAACAAGAUCAUUAGCGAGCUGCGCAGUCACAAAAUUGAGAUCUAUCAGUUUCCGACAGACGACGAAACUGUGAGUUGGGUUUGA